UGUAUCGUGCGUUGACGUGAUUGAGAAAUAUCUAUACUUCUAUACCUAUAAUUAUGAAAGUUUUGGUUUUCUCUGUUUCUCUCUUUUACGAUUAUUUUAUCAUUAAUUUUGUCUUUCAGAUUUCUCAAGUAAGUUAAAACUGAGAGCACAGCCACAUAAUCAGGUCUUACCUAUUCUUUUAGUUGUUAUUUGUUGUGAAUGCUAGCAUUUUCCGUUCUUCCAGUUCUCACCAGUUCCAGUUUGCGAACAUACUGUAUACUCUAGAUAUUGUCACGAGUUUAGAGCUUUUCGACCCAGGAUUCAAUAAUCUGAUCUUUUGUGCUUUUAUGAUUUAUCGGAGGGUUCUGUAACAGGCGGAUUUAAUCAGAUCUUAGAGUUUAGACGUUCUGCGUCCUGCGAUCUGUGAUUCAGUUCGGUUUUUGGUGGAAUCGGUUCUGUCGGAGAAAAUUAUUUCUGUUAAACUUUGACCGUUUAUCUUGCGUUUGAGAAUAAGGCUGAAUCCUCGUUACUCCCCAUCUUGUGUUCCCGUGCAAAAUGCCAGCGAAUAUUGUGGACAAAAAUCCAAAAAGUCGAAAACGAACACUGAAAUACUAUUUUGGCAAGAUUUGGAGUAAAAAUCAGCAGGACAAUCGCUUGAAUUCCCAUGGUCAGUCAGGUCUCGGAAGCAGUCUGAACGCCGCGGCGGAAAACCUUGCAGACAAUGCUCUUCGAGACCGGUACGAAGAGAAGCUGGCACGCGAGCGAGUGCGCCAGAGCCUGGAAUGUCCUAUCUGCACGGACAUCUUCCUGGAUCCCGUGAAUCUUUCCUGUGGACACACGUUUUGUCUGCACUGUUUGGCCAAUGACUACGUACGACGCGAUAAAGCCAAUUUGGUCUGCUGUAUUUGUCGUGAUUCCUCCAGCAAGAAUGUUAUAAUUUCACGAACUUUGAGGGACGUUGUGGAAGGCGCGUUUCCGGAUGAGGAACGUCAUCGGCGGGAAACUCUAACCUUGUCCGAUCGGCAGGCCCUUACGAAGCUGAUGGCUGAUCAGAACAAAACACAAGAUACUUUGAAAAUGGAGCGCUUCUUCCUGCAGGCUCGCUACGGAUUGCUGGCUUGUGCUGUUUUUAUUUUGUGGUUUUUUUAUUGGGAUUAGGCGAUGCUAUAUUGGUGCUGGUCCACUUUGGAAAUGGGUCUGAAUUCCGGCUUUUUGCUCUGAUAUGAUUGUGAUAGUUGUCAAGUACGAUGGGACUGUGAAAUAUGUGUGUUUGGGAGUUAGAACACUGACAGUGUGGAAAUGCCAUGGAAUUGUACGAUUUUAUAAUGCUUUGUGUUAGUAAUAUGCAAUCACCGCUGUUGUUGAUUAGUGCUCUAGAUAAUAUUACAAUCGGAUCUGCAUUGAUUUUAAAUUAAUGCCGUUUUUGUCAAUGUUUCUUCUGGAGUAUAUGAAAAACAAAUGGAAUAACAUUGAAUUACUGGUUAUAACGCGUACUGUAUAUUAAA